CCCUCCCCAUAGGGGUGGGGUAGAGAGAAGGCCUUAGAUCUAUAAAGAACAGAGCAGUGAGGAGGUCCAGACUCCAGAGGAAAUUCCCAAAUCAUCGGAAGGUCCUUUUCCAGCAACUCCUCUCUCCGUCUCUCUCUGUUCUUCCUACUAUAACCCUUCCAUAAUUCCUGUCCAUCCUUCCUAGGCAGACCAAGCCUGGAUUUUGGGAGUUCCCAGAGGGAUCUGCUUCUGCCUGGGAGGACAGAGAACCUUCCCCAGGGAGGGGGUGACGUUCCGGGAGUGCCCCUGACCCCUGCAAGGAUCACCCUCUGCUUCCAGGAGCUGCCCUCCAUCAAGGCACACCCAGCCUGGAUGUUGUGAAGGACAUGGAAAACGAGCUGUCUGGAAGUCUUUUGUGUUUACUAACAUUCUGGCCGAUCCAUUCUACCUGCAGACUGGAAAGACCUGCUACAGUCAACUUCCAUGGAUCAGUUCAUAUCAGACUUCCUGUCAGGAGAGAAUACUCCACAGUUGGCUUCCAAUUUUCUUCCUUACUAUUCCACAUUAAUCAGUAAAGCAGGAAGCAUCCUUUCUGAGGAAACUCUCACCAGCAUUCAAAAAGCCCUUCAGGGGGGGAAGAUGGAAGACAUAGUUGGGGUAAUUCAGAAAUCACUUGAAUUAGCAGAGAAUGCUUCCCUGGAUGUGGCUGUGAUUGGGGAGUCUGGGACUGGGAAGUCCAGUUUCAUCAAUGCCCUGCGAGGACUUAGUCCUGAAGAGGAGGGUUCCGCUAGUGUGGGUGCUGUGGAGACCACUCUGAAGAAAACUCCGUAUAAGCAUCCAAAAUAUUCAAACGUGACCUUCUGGGACCUUCCUGGAACUGGGACCCCUAAUUUUUUUCCAGAAACAUAUUUAGAAAAGGUAGAAUUUGCUAACUAUGACUUCUUCAUCAUCAUUUCUUCCUCACGGUUCAAGUUAAAUGAAGCUGUGCUGGCCCAGAAAAUCAAGGAGAAAGGGAAGAAUUUCUACCUUGUUAGGAGCAAAGUAGACAGUGAUUUAUACAAUGAAGAGAAAAGCAGACCGAGGUCCUUCAAAAAGGACAGAGUCCUCCAGCAUAUUCGAGACAACUGCCUGGAAAACCUCAGUGACAUUGGAGUGUCUGAGCCCCGCAUCUUCUUGAUCUCCAACUUUGACCGGACUGACUUUGAUUUUCCAAGCCUGGAGGAGACUCUGCUGAAGGAGCUCCCUGCACACAAGCGUCACACCUUUGCCCUCCUGCUGCCCGGUCUGUCUGAAGCUGCCAUUGAGCUGAAGAGAGAUUUCAUUAAGGAGAAGAUCUGGCUGGAAGCCCUGAAGUCUGCAGCUUUGGCCUUAUUCUCCUUCAUGCCCAUGAUCAGUGGCUUUGAUUUACCAGAGCAGGAGAAGUGCUUGCACCUUUACCAAAGCUAUUUUGGUCUGGAUGAUAAAUCACUCAGUGAGAUUGCUGAGAACCUGGGCAUAUCUGUGCAGGACAUCAAGAGCUCCAUGAAGUCCUUGAAUUUUUGGUUACUUGUGAAGGAUGACAGCAUAGCAGCAAAUGCCCUGCAAUGUGUUGAAUCCUACUGCUCCAAGAGUGGAGGCAUCCCAUCUACUGUCUUCCAGUUGUUUAAAACCUACUUUAUACAGUUGAAAUUCCUCAAUGCAGUGGCUGAUGAUGCUAAACUUCUCUUGCAGAAAACUUUGGAGUGCUGCAGUGGGAGAGAAUGUGGUGAAUGUGGUGUCACUUCUAAGUGAAGAACAAAUAGAUCUCCAGGUCCUGUGUUUUCUGUGGGUGGGUGGGUGCAUGGGUGGGUUUCUUCUUCCUCCCAAAUCCCAGAUCAGAUCUUCCCUAAGGCAAAAAGGUUCUGUCUAGUGGAGAAAAUCCAUUGUUCUACAUUGAUUACCUCACUCUUGUUGCACAGGGAAUUUUACUGCGCCUGUAUUCUGCAAUCCCUGUCCCAUUUUCUUUGAAUGAUGACUGUAAUGCACAACAUAGUUUUAAUUUAUCUUCACAUGCUAUGCAGUAGUCUGAAUUUGCAUUAUUUACUCAUAUAAUAAACAUUUUGGUACUAAUCAAGA